GGGCAGUUCAGCCUUCAGUGAUAGUAUUUCAUUCUCCCCAGAUUUCUGAUUAUGUCAGGUGUGUCUUACAGCACACCUAGACUUUGUUUGCUAGGCGUGGGAGUGUGAGAGUAUACCUUAAAUUUGACAGCCUUGUACUUAAACACUCUCAUAAAUUUAUUUCCGCUGCGUAAUAGUAAUAAACCAUUUUUAGACAGACCUCAGUACAUGUAUUUUCUUGUCCCCCUAAUCGAUUGCAAUUGGUAGAUGGUUUAACAGAACCAGACCCACACAUGUAGAUAUCAGCGGUUCUAAGUAGAUAACGAGAAGGUGAAGACGGUGAAACGGUCACAUAUCUUAGUUGGGAAGGACUGGACGGCUUGGGCCAGACUUUCCCCGCACUUAAAUAGUAACAGACGAAUCGUUUAAAGCGAUCUUCAGCAAGCCCUGGCUACGCCUCAGACUGGCUCCCACAAAGCCCCUUGUUUCUGAUUAACCCUGCUCAGUUCCAGCCUGUUCUCCCCAGCAAAAAGCGCUUGAUGAAUAUGGCACAUUUUGUCUACCCGGCAAUAGCCAAUAGUGGGCAGGCUGCAACUGCUUACCCUGCGGCGCAGCCAGCUUAUGUUGCUGCUGCCCCUCAGGCUGCAUAUGCCACUGCAGCCCCACGAGCUGGACAGACGUACGACAGCUACCAGACAGCUCAUGCCCAACAGUAUGCCUACACUACUAGAACUCCUGUGGCAGUGACGCCUACUGCUGCUUAUGAUCAAAGUAAAGCAUAUUAUCAGCCAACACAAGCUGCAUCAGCAUACACAGCAGCUGAGACCCACUACCAAGCAGCCAAGCCUGCCUACACAACUUCUACGUACAACACAACCCAGCGGCAAGCAAGCAGUCAGAAACCUCAAGUUCAGGUGAGCUCAACGCCGGCGGGCACAUAUGUCUACCCGGCAACGACCACGCCCGCGGUAACCACCUACAACAACCCAACAACUUACGCAACCACAGCCACCUCCUCGUCUUACUCAGGUAAGGCACAACGGUAUGAUGCUGCUCUGUACUCUGCAGCCACCAACUAUUACCAACAACAACAGGCUGCCAAGGCCGCGGGAGGCUGGAGCGGGUUCAAAAAGCAGAACACGUUCGGUCAGAACAAACAGAAGCCUAAGGGACCCCCAAAACAGCCCCAGCUACAUUACUGUGAUGUUUGCAAGAUUAGCUGUGCUGGUCCACAGACGUACCGAGAGCAUUUGGAGGGCCAGAAGCACAAGAAAAAGGAGCAGGCCAUGAAGCAGGGUCUACCGAGUCAGCCAGGCAGCCGUGGGCAGAACCAGCUGAGGUGUGAGCUCUGUGAUGUUACCUGCACUGGCUCGGACGCCUAUGCUGCUCAUAUCCGGGGAUCAAAGCAUCAAAAGGUCCUGAAGCUGCACACAAAGCUUGGUAAGCCCAUUCCGUCUACAGAGCCUGUAGUAGUGUCGUCAAACACCCAACCAGCUCUGUCCACAACAGCCAAGGCCAACACGACCACCACACCCACCUCUGUUACCAUGGGAGCCAAGGUCCUCCCCAAGGCGAAGCCAGAGGUCCCAGUCAAGAAAGUGCUGCACACACCCAAGAUCACUUUUGUUGGAGGCACCCAGCUGAAGACAACCGGGGUGAAGACUGAGGAAGUGAAAGCUGAGCCGAAGGUGGAAACUUCCUCCAGCACCAGCUCUCUGUCCACUCCAGAAGCAAAAGUCAGUGAUGAAAAGAUUGACCUACUGGAGGACAAGGACGUUCAACCUGUUGGUUUUGAAUACAUUGAUGAGAUCAAGAAUGACCAGGGUAAAACCAUCAGUUUCCACUGCAAGCUGUGCGAGUGCAAAUUUAAUGACCCAAACGCAAAAGAGAUGCAUAUGAAGGGACGACGCCACCGCCUGCAAUUUAAGAAAAAAGUGGAUCCAACACUGCUGGUGGAGGUGAAGCCAAGUAUCCGUGUGAGGAAGGCUCAGGAGGAGAAACUGAGGCGGCAGGCCCAGAAGGAGGAGUACUGGAGGAGACGCGAGCAGGAGGAGCGAUGGAGGGAGGAGAUGAGAAUGGAGGAGGAGAUGUACUGGGAGGAGCGCAGGAGAUACGAAGAGGAGAUGGAUUACUAUGAGUGGCAGAGACGCCAAGGACGCCCAGGACCCGUACCUCCAAGGCCCUUCCCACCUAUGCCCCCGUCAGGUCCAGGGAUGCUGAGGAAGCCAGAGACCAUGGAUGACCGUCAUGUGAUGUCCAAACAUGCCAGCAUCUACCCCAAUGAGGCAGAGCUUCAGGCCGUACAGAACAUUGUUUCCUGUUGUGAAAAGGCUCUCAAGCUGGUGUCGGAUUAUUUGGCAGAAAGUGAUGCUCCUAAAACUAUGGAAGUUGACAAAGAGAAAGAUGCAGCUAAGAAAGAUGGAGAGAAAGAUGGGGAGAAAGAGGAAUCUCCGGCUGCUGCUGCCCCCCGGGUCUUGAAGGGUGUGAUGAGGGUAGGCGUGUUAGCUAAGGGCCUGUUACUCCAUGGAGAUCUCAAUGUCAACCUGGUGGUGCUGUGUGCCGAGAAGCCGACUCGCACGCUGCUAGAGAGGGUAGCAGAUGGCUUGCCCAAACAGAUGGCUACUGUAACGGAGGACAAGUAUGAAGUGAAGCGAUGUGUGGAGGAGGCUGCCAUUAUUGUAUCCAAUGAUACAGAACCGAAGACGUCGUGUACCAUCACGCUUACCUCCCCUAUCAUGAGAGAGACUGCCACAGCGGAGGCUUCUGGAGAGACUGUAAGCACGAAAGACCCCCCGGAUGUUCUGGACAGGUUAAAAUGCCUGGAUGCUCUAGCAGCACUUCGACAUGCUAAGUGGUUUCAGGCUAGAGCCAAUGGCCUGCAGUCCUGUGUGGUUGUAAUCCGGAUACUGCGAGAUCUCUGUCAACGUGUACCCACCUGGACCCCGCUCAACGAAUGGGCCAUGGAACUGCUGGCAGAGAAGUGUGUGAGCUCUGGUGGGGCCAAUAUGAACCCAGGAGAUGCUCUCCGGCGGGUGUUCGAGUGUAUCGCAUCAGGCAUUCUCUUACCAGGUAACCCCGGGCUGUAUGACCCGUGUGAGAAGGACCCAACGGAUGCUGCUCAGUCCCUGACCAAUCAGCAGAGAGAGGUGAUUACAGCCUCUGCUCAGCAUGCUCUACGACUCAUUGCGUUCCGUCAAAUACAUAAAGUGUUGGGCAUGGACCUAUUACCACCCCCAAGGUCUAAUCGGUACUACUCAAGGAAGAGAAGGCGCACAAAUAGUGCUGGGGAGGCAGCUGAAGAUGGUGGAGAGAAGAAAGAAAAGAAGGAAGGAGAAGAGGAGGAUUCUAGCAUGGAUCCUGCUGCCAGCCAGACCUCUGCUUAACUCUGUCAGUGUGCGUGCUGGGCAUGAUAUCCCAAACUUACGCCAGUUCUUUAAUUAGUCCUACAGAGAUUUUGACCGACGGCCUCCAGCAGGCUAGCCAGCCUGCCCUCUGCUCGUUAAGAGAACUUCUUUAUCUAAUGGCUAAUUGCAUUUGCCUAUGUUUUGGGCUUUUGUCUUAGCUGGCUGUUGCAUUUUAAGGUUUUGCUGCUUUAAGCAACACAAUCGUGAGUGAUUCAAACUGUACGUAUAUUUAGUUGAAUUCUUUGUCAACAUUUUUAUGCCAUGAUAUUGGCGUUUGCCGAGACCGUGACCUUAGUUUAGGUUUGCAUCUGUGCGUACAGUUUGUCCACUGGAACUGCCUCUGAGCAUUAUAAAGAGCAGUGUAGUGGAAUACAACAUUUGCAAAUUGUUACCUUGAAAGCGUAAAAAUUCUAAAUAAUUUUACCCGAGUAGUUUGUUAUUGAUGAAGUUAUGAGCAAGCGUCACAGGUUGAGAAUCAGUGAUUUUAUAUCAAGGUUUCUAAUUCAUGAGCUGUCAUAUUUAUCACACUAAUUACAUUGCCUUUUUUGUGGGCGCCUUCAUUUUGUGCUGUAAACAGUCUCUUAACUUAAGAUUUGGCACCAGUGUCAGUUUACAGGACCAAACACUGGUUUAUAUGUUGUAAGUGUAGCAGUCAUGUUAUGCUAUGCUGACAAAUUCUUGAUUUGAUGAUAGUACACAGAUGCACUGUUUUGUCUUUAUUGAGUUUGACAGCUAAUUUUAGUUGCCUUUUAUUUUGAUCAUCUUGCACAUAUCCAGAUAAAAUAAAAGGUCAUGUGCAGAAACAUUUUUCUGUUGUCUUAUUAGUCCGGGUAGUUUUGUCAGAGAUAUUAAGCAAUUUCUCAAAUCAGGGAAAUCACUCUGGACGCGGCUCAUUUACACAAAAGUAUGUAAAUGGAUUUUUAGCUUGCCAUAUUCUGAGCGACAGCAUCCAUUGACAGGGAAAGCAAUAAUAAACAAUGUUAUGAGUGUUAUCUUAAAAAAUACUACAAAUAUUGAGCUCCGGUUUUUCACGCAACACAAGGGGGACCUUCCAUCAUUCAUUUGCUCUGUGCAUAUUAAUUAUUGUAUUAAAAUUACAAAAUUCA